GUCCACGGGCCCCUGCUUCCCAGACUCCUCCCCGUCCCCUCCUCGAGGGCUCCCUCCGCGCCGGCGGCCCUCCCCUGCCCCCUCCCCGCCGCGACCCGCCCCUCCCUCCGGUGGCCCGGCCUCUGCCCCCUCCCUCCUUGCCCCCUCCCCUGUCUCAGCCCGCACAGCCCCGUGCUGCCCGGCCCGCCCCCGCCACUGCUGCCCCGGCACACCUCUCGGUUCCCGGUCCCGUGCCCUCGGAUGGGUCUGAGUCACUGGGAAACUGGGCUCUGAGUCAGGCCCUAACAAGCUUGGGGAUGGGGCCCGACCGCGGAGAGGCAGAGAGGCCAGAACUGAUGCUGGGGCGACAGGCCGUCCUAGUCAGGACCCCACAGAGAGCAACAGGGAGGGAGCCUAACAGGCAGAGGCGGAGAGACAGAAGUCUGGAUUCAUGUACAUCUAAAGGUCUAGUUACAAUUGGAGACUGAGGCAAGCAGAGGCUUAAUGAUAGCAAAAGAAGGAGAGGAGCGAAGAUGGAUUUAGGUAGAGGUGGGGACAGAUGUAGUGCUGUAGAGACAGGGACAGGCAGAGAGAACACUUCAGGGAGACAGAAUUUGAGUCGCGUCCAGAGAAUAGACCAGGGUCAGGGGCAGUUUGGCAGAAUGGGACAGAGCCUCAGAGACCUGAGCUCAAGGGCAGGUGCAGGGAAUGGGAAGGUUCUGGAGAGGAAGACUUGGAGAAAGCAGGGGCAGAGGGAUGUCAUUUCGCACUUCUGAGUCCCUACAGGAGGGUGCUCACAUGUGCAUACACAUGUGUGAACAUGCUGCAGGUUGGUGGAGAGGGAAGACCCUGGAGUACCCCUGGCUUCCUGUCUGCCUCUCUCUGACCCGAUUCCCCACCCUAGCCUCACUCCAAGUGGUCUCUGCCUCGGGCCAGGACCCUACUUGCUGGGGUCUUAAGGCUCUCUGGGCAGCCUGACCAAGGCAGACAGGAUGUGGGGGCGGCCAGGGCCGGAGGGACAGGAAGGAAGUCUGAGCAGAGACAAUAGGUGGAAGGGGAGGAGGAACUGGGAAUGACCAGGUUUAGGAUGGCCAAGAGCCUGGACCUCGGUUCUGGAAACCAGGGGGAGUGGGAGCUGCACCUCCUCCCUCCUUCCUUCUGCUAUGCUACAGCUGCCCCUGUCCCCACUUAUACCACAUCAUGGGGCCCCUCCUCCCCACCGUCCCACUUCAUUUUGCCCCUGCGGGCUUCUCUCCUCUUGGCUGUGCUUACACAUUUGAGUGUGCAGGCAAGCGGAGGCAGACCUAGGUGGGGCAGGAGCUUGGGGGUCAACACUUCCACCAGCUCCUUGUGAGCCUGGGGCAAGCCUCUUCCCUUCUCUGGGCCUCAGUGUCCUCACCUGCAAAUGAAGGACUUCUAUAGUAAGAAAGCCCCUUCUGAUGUUCUGGGAUGGCUCUUCCUCCAGAUUGCCGGCCACUGGUCAUUUUUCUUUGGAGGAAGACUGAAGUCUGGUACCUACCCCCGUCCAGACCUCAGACUUUGGGACAGGGAGGGGGAAUCUCAGCCUGAGCCGUCCCUUCACCCUGCUGCUCCCCCCAGCAAUGGCUUGAGCCCCCAUGGCUGCCCCUCAGGACCUGGACAUCGCUGUGUGGCUGGCCACGGUGCACCUGGAGCAGUAUGCAGACACGUUCCGGCGGCAUGGCCUGGCCACGGCGGGUGCAGCCCGGGGCCUGGGCCACGACGAGCUGAGGCAGUUGGGCAUCAGCGCCACAGGGCACCGGAAACGCAUUCUGCGCCUGCUGCAGGCAGGUGCUGCAGAGGGCUCCCUGGGUCCCCAGUUGGACAGUGCCAUGGAGCCAUCCCCUAGCCUAGCGCCCCAAGCCCAGCCCCCCAAGCCUGUGCCUAAGCCGAGGACGGUAUUUGGUGGGCUUAGUGGCCCUACUGCCACCCAAAGGGCUGGAGUGAGCCCAGCCCUCUGGAGACCCGAAGUGUCCAGGAGCCCAGAGUCCAGCCCCAAGUCCCCGCUUCUCCCCACCUCCUCCUCCGAGCAAAUUUCAGCCUUGAAUGCUAUGGAGAUGAUGCCCAACGCCAUCUACUUUGGCCUGGACUUAAGAGGCGGGGCCCAGACAGCUCAGGACAUGGCCCCAGAUAGCUCCCAGGCAGCUGCCCCUACCCCUGCCCUCAGGCCCACAGCAGGCACAGUACACAUCAUGGACCCUGGUUGCCUGUACUAUGGUGUCCAGCCUGUGGGAGCCCCAGGGCCCGCGGACAGGAGAGAAGGCAGAGGUGUCUGUCAGGACAGGGCUGAACAAAGGCUUAGCCGGCAGGAUCUGGAGGCACGGGAGGACGCAGGCUAUGCCAGCCUUGAGCUGCCUGGGGAUUCCACCCUCUCACUGCCCACCCUGGAUGUGGAAACCAACGAUGACCUCAUUUCACCCUAUGCCAGCUUCUCCUCCACGGCAGACCGCCCCUCACCCCUUCUCAGUGGCUGGCUAGACAAGCUCUCCCCUCAGGGAAACUACGUUUUCCAGAGGCGCUUUGUGCAGUUCAACGGAAGGAGUCUCAUGUACUUUGGCAGUGACAAGGAUCCCUUCCCCAAGGGGGUGAUCCCUCUCACUGCCAUCGAGAUGACCCGCAGCAGCAAGGACAAUAAGUUCCAGGUCAUCACCGGCCAGAGGGUAUUUGUGUUUCGCACAGAGAGCGAGGCCCAGCGGGACACAUGGUGUUCCACUCUGCAAUCCUGCCUGAGGGAGCAGCGCCUCCUGGGCAACCCCCGGCCCCCUCAGCCACCCCGACCCCUCCGCACAGGCAUGCUGGAGCUUCGAGGACACAAGGCCAAGGUUUUUGCUGCUUUGAGCCCUGGAGAGCUGGCGCUGUACAAGAGUGAGCAGGCCUUUUCUUUGGGCAUCGGGAUCUGCUUCAUUGAACUGCAAGGCUGCAGCGUCCGGGAGACCAAGAGCCGCAGCUUUGAUCUGCUCACCCCCCAUCGCUGCUUCAGCUUCACAGCCGAGUCUGGGGGGGCUCGGCAGAGCUGGGCGGCCGCUCUGCAGGAAGCAGUAACCGAGACCCUGUCUGACUACGAGGUGGCUGAGAAAAUCUGGUCCAAUCGGGCAAACCGGCACUGUGCGGACUGUGGGGCCUCCCGCCCAGACUGGGCUGCUGUCAACCUGGGGGUGGUCAUCUGCAAGCAGUGCGCAGGUCAGCACCGGGCCCUGGGUUCUGGGAUCUCCAAGGUACAGAGCCUGAAGCUGGACACAAGUGUUUGGAGUAAUGAGAUAGUGCAGUUGUUCAUUGUCCUGGGAAAUGAUCGUGCCAACCGCUUCUGGGCAGGGGCACUACCCCUAGGCGAGGGGCUGCAUCCAGACACAAGCCCAGGGCCCCGGGGAGAGUUCAUCUCUCGGAAGUACCGCCUGGGUCUCUACCGGAAGCCCCACCCUCAGUAUCCAGAUCAUAGUCAGCUUCUUCAGGCACUGUGUGCCGCUGUGGCAGGACCCAACCUCCUGAAGAACAUGACCCAGCUCCUCUGUGUCGAGGCCUCCGAGGGUGAGGAGCCCUGGUCCCCCGCAGCCCUUGAUGGCAGCUUCCCCGGUCUCCAGCUCCCAGACCCUUCCCCUGGUGUAUACAAUGAGGUGGUGGUGCCCGCCACUUACAGCAGCUUCCUGUACUGUGGUCCCAUCAGCAACAAAGCUGGACCCCCACCUCCUCGCAGGGGCCGGGAUGCUCCCCCCAGACUAUGGUGUGUGCUGAGAGCGGCUCUGGAAAUGUUUGCGUCGGAAAGCAGCCCUGAACCCCUCAGCCUCAUCCAGCCCCAGGAUGUUGUAUGUUUGGGUGUGAGUCCCCCACCCACAGACCCAGGUGACCUCGACAGAUUCCCCUUUUCCUUUGAGCUCAUCCUAACUGGGGGAAGGAUCCAGCAUUUUGGCACAGAUGGAGCUGACAGUCUGGAGGCCUGGACCAGUGCUGUGGGCAAGUGGUUCUCCCCGCUGAGCUGCCACCAGCUGUUGGGCCCCGGGCUGCUGCGGCUGGGCCGCCUGUGGCUGCGCUCUCCCACCCAUUCAGCCUUGGCCCCUGGCCUCUGGCUGUCAGGGUUUGGACUUCUUCGUGGUGAUCUCCUCUUCCUGUGUCCAGCAUCGGGCCCUGGCCCUCCAGCACCUGAGGACAUGGUGCAUCUGCGGCGGCUACAGGAAAUCAGUGUGGUUUCAGCAGCUGACACCCCAGACAAGAAGGAGCAUUUGGUCCUGGUGGAGACAGGAAGGACCCUGUAUCUGCAGGGGGAGGGCCGGCUGGAUUUCUCAGCAUGGAACGCAGCCAUUGAGGGGGCGGCUGGCGGGGGCGGCACAGGGCUGCAGGAGCAGCAGAUGAGCCGGGGUGACAUCCCCAUCAUCGUGGAUGCCUGCAUCAGUUUUGUCACCCAGCACGGGCUCCAGCUGGAGGGCAUAUACCGGAAAGGAGGUGCCCGUGCCCGUAGCCUUCGGCUCCUGGCUGAAUUCCGGCGGGAUGCCCGGUCAGUGAAGCUCCGGCCAGGAGAGCACUUUGUGGAAGAUGUCACUGAUACACUCAAACGCUUCUUUCGAGAGCUUGAUGACCCUGUGACCUCUGCACGGCUGUUGCCUCGCUGGAGGGAGGCUGCUGAGCUACCCCAGAAGAAUCAGCGCCUGGAGAAAUACAAAGAAGUAAUUGGCUGCUUGCCCCAGGUCAACCGCCGCACGCUUGCUACCCUCAUCGGGCAUCUCUAUCGGGUACAAAAGUGUGCCGCUCUAAACCAGAUGUGCACGCGGAACCUGGCCCUGCUGUUCGCACCCAGUGUGUUCCAGACGGACGGGCGGGGGGAGCAUGAGGUGCGGGUGCUGCAGGAACUCAUCGACGGCUACGUCUCUGUCUUUGAUAUUGAUUCUGACCAGGUAGCUCAGAUUGACUUGGAGGUCAGUCUUAUCACCACCUGGAAGGAUGUACAGCUGUCCCAGGCUGGAGACCUCAUCAUGGAGGUUUAUAUAGAACAGCAGCUCCCAGACAACUGUGUCACCCUAAAGGUGUCUCCAACACUGACUGCCGAGGAGCUAACCAACCAGGUAUUGGAGAUGCGGGGGACAGAGGCUGGGAUGGACUUGUGGGUGACAUUUGAGAUCCGUGAGCACGGGGAACUCGAGCGGCCACUUCACCCCAAGGAGAGGGUCCUAGAGCAGGCCCUUCAAUGGUGCCAGCUGCCAGAGCCCUGCUCGGCCUCCUUGCUCUUGAGAAAAGUCUCCCUGGCCCAGGCUGGCUGCCUCUUCACAGGUAUCCGGCGCGAGAGCCCGAGGGUGGGUCUGUUGCGGUGUCGGGAGGAGCCACCCCGCUUACUGGGCAACCGCUUCCAGGAGAGGUUCUUUCUACUGCGUGGCCGCUGCUUGCUGCUGCUCAAGGAAAAGAAGAGCUCUAAACCAGAACGAGAGUGGCCCUUGGAAGGUUCCAAAGUCUACCUGGGAAUCCGAAAGAAGUUUAAGCCUCCAACACCGUGGGGCUUCACGCUGAUACUGGAGAAGAUGCAGCUAUACCUGUCCUGCACUAAUGAGGAUGAGAUGUGGGACUGGACCACCAGCAUCCUCAAAGCCCAGCACGAUGACCAGCAGCCAGUGGUCUUACGACGCCAUUCCUCCUCUGACCUUGCCCGUCAGAAGUUUGGCACCAUGCCUUUGCUGCCCAUCAGAGGAGAUGACAGUGGGGCCACCCUCCUCUCUGCCAACCAGACCCUGCCAAUGAAGUCAUCCCAGGGUUCUGUGGAGGAGCAGGAGGAACUGGAGGAGCCUGUCUAUGAGGAGCCGGUGUAUGAAGAAGUGGGGGCCUUUCCUGAGCUGACCAAGGACACCUCUACCUCCUUCUCCAUGAUGAGAGAAAAGACAGCCAACCCAGAGACCCCUCUCAUCAGCCAGAGGUCCUUUGACAAACCCCCUUUCCCCAAGGCAGGUGGCCUGGACCCAGAGCAGAGGCCACCUGAGCCCCCUCCCGGACCCCCUUCAAAGAGCAGCCCCCAGGCACAUGGGUCCCUAGAGGAGCAGCUGCUCCAGGAGCUUAGCAGCCUCAUCCUGAGGAAAGGAGAGACUGCCAUAGGCCUGGGCAGCCCCCCGCAGCCCUCCAGCCCCCAGUCCCCAAACUCCAAUGGCCUUCUGACACAAACACCUGGUUUUCCCACCCAACCUUCCAGUUCACCCUCCAGCCAGCCCCUCACAUGACCCUCAGACGAGUAGUCUGAGGGGAGGGUAACCAGAAGACCCAAGUUCUCACCAUGGCAGACACUGCCAGGAGCCUCCUCUGCUCUGGCUGGAAAGGCUCCAGAAGCCAGUGUGGUGCUAUGGAAAGAGCACAGGAUUGAGGGCUCUGGAAUCUCCUGCUUAGAGAUGGUCAGACUAUGGCCCCUCACUGAACCUCCACUCACUUAUAUGUACCAUGAAGUCACUGAAAUAAGGAGCCAGGGAACAUCCAACUGUUUCUUAGAGCUGUAAGCCCCACAUAACUUCCCUCAACAAGUUGAGGGAACUCCUGCUUUAUAUAUAUGAUAUGCAGGAGUUCUGUAAGAGGUUUGGGGUUUGAAAGGAAUAGUUUUUACUGCACUAA